UUCAAACUGUUGUGUUUUAGGUUUUGUAAAAUCACAAAAAAAUCAUUUUUGAGUAAAAAAUAAUGGAAAAGCGCUUAAAGAGUGGUAUAGUGUUGUUUGUUGUGCGAAAUAAUUGACGCGAUUCGGCGAUUAAAUGUGAUAAAUGGUGAAAUAAUGAUUAAAAUGUACGAAGCACUGGAACAGCGUUUCAUUGAAAAGGAACUGGAUAAUAUUCGAAAUGUAAUUCAGUUGACGAAAGAUAAUCUGUCAGCCUUGGAGGAGAAAUUCAAAGUUUCGAGUUCGAAAAAUGCACCUUCGUCGUCGUUGUUCCUGAACGAGCAGCAGGAAUUGAUGACCAAGCUGAAUGAAUUGAAAUCGAAGGAAGACGAGCUGAUGCUUCAGCUGAAAGAAUCCAGAAGACCGAGUACGAAAAAUAUAUCCAAUUGCAACGACCAGGUAUUUGUAAAUCAGCAUGAAAAAACAUCUAAGCUCAUCCGAGCACAUCUACCCAACCAACAACGAACCGGAGUCAAGGUGGAAACCGGUAUAACUCUACGUGUAGCUUUGUAUAAAGCUCUGAGGUUACGAAAUCUUGAACCGGAGAUGUGUGUUGUACGCGCAAAAGACACUGAUAAGGUGAUACCUUGGGACGAAGAUAUAUCAGCUUUGAAAACCGAAGAAAUUAGAGUGGAUAUAAUCGAUCGAUGUCCCAUUCCGACUAGUAUUUCGCAUAAUUUCGCGAGGAAGACUUUCUUUUCGUUGGUGUUUUGCGAAUUUUGCCGACGAUUGUUGUUUCAAGGCUUUUACUGUCGAACUUGCGGUUAUCGGUUUCAUCAGCGGUGUGCGACAGGUGUACCAGCCACAUGUAAGCAAAUACGCCACUAUAAUACGUAUUACCAUAAACUAUUAUCUCAAAAUACCGAAAUGUCGUCCGCCGGAAUUUUACAAAUUCCUACGGCUUACGGUAACAUGACGCCGAGGAGACAUCCGAAGACGCUUGGACAUAACGAACGUUCGAGUUCGGCGCCCAACGUGUGUUACAAUUUAAUCAAUCUCAAUAGCCACGACGUCAUCACGAUGGAAGAUUUUUCCUCGAAUUUUACCAGAAACACGUUGAUGCCGUUGGUAAACAAUAGAUUAACGCAAAGCCAAAGCGCUCAAGCUUCGCCGACCAGCGCUGUGCGACCAUGGCGUCCUCGAGCCCGCAGCGCUGACGAAACCGCCAGCAAUACUAAUAACAAAAAGGUCCACAAGGAAGCCGGACCUCAGGAAUCGAUCGAGGAUUGGGAGAUACCUUCGCACGAGGUGAAAUUAGACAAACGUAUUGGUUCCGGUUCCUUUGGAACGGUGUACAGAGCCCUUUGGCACGGUCCAGUCGCCAUUAAAACUUUGAACGUGACCGAUCCGACGCCAGCUCAACUGCAGGCUUUCAAAAACGAAGUAGCUGUUUUGCGUAAGACUCGACACGUGAAUAUUCUUUUGUUCAUGGGUGUCAUCAGGAAACCAAACUUGGCCAUCGUAACGCAAUGGUGCGAAGGUUCCAGUCUGUAUAGAUGUCUUCACGUGCACGAGAAACGGUUCGAAGUGCAGCAGAUCAUCGAAAUAGCUCGACAAACGGCUCAAGGUAUGGAUUACUUGCAUGCUAAGAAUAUUAUUCAUCGAGAUCUUAAAUCGAAUAAUAUUUUCUUCAACGACAUGGUAGUAAAAAUAGGCGAUUUCGGUUUAGCUACGGUAAAAACUCGCUGGUCCGGUGGUCAGCAAUAUCAUCAGCCUUCCGGUUCCAUUCUAUGGAUGGCUCCGGAGGUAAUCCGUAUGAAAGACGAAAACCCUUAUAGUUUUCAAUCGGACGUCUACGCUUUCGGUAUUGUUUUAUACGAAUUAUUAUCAGGGCAAUUACCUUAUGGGAAUAUUAAUAAUAAAGAUCAGAUAUUGUUCAUGGUCGGUCGUGGCCAUCUUAGGCCAGAUAUUGGUAAUAUAUCCGCCGAUACUCCUAAAGUUCUCCAACGUAUUAUGGAGGAUUGUAUUAGUUACAAUCGCGACGAAAGGCCGCAAUUUAGGCAUAUUUUAAGUAGCGUCGAAAGUCUGUUGUAUUCUUUACCAAAAUUACAUCGUUCGACAUCCGAACCUAAUCUGUAUCGAACCCACUUUCACUCUGACGACUUCCUUUAUCCUUGUUCUUCGCCUAAAUCUCCGGGUAAUUUUCAGCUUUACGAUGAAUUUCACUUGGUUCCCAACGCGGGAUUCAUUUAAUACUCUUUUCAGUGUACAUGUUUCUCUUCUUGUUUUUUUUUUUAAAAGUAUUUUAACAUUUUCGAUUUAUUGUACUGUUCUCCUCUUUCUUCCUUCAUUAUGUUAUUUAUUCGAUCAAACCUUCGUUUUGUUUCAUUUUUUUUCUUCAAAUUUUACUAUUUUAUUAAGGGUGUAGUUUAGCUUCUAAAAAUCCGAGAAAAUAGGUAAUGGGAAAUUUUUAUUGAAAAAUAUUUGGCUGCCAAAUCGAGAGUUAAAAAUUUUACUUUUCAAUUUUAUCAGUAGACAAAUAACUGAUUUGUUCGCGAACGAAAAAUUGGAUAAUUGUUGAGAAUUUAUGAAUUUUACUUUAAACGAAUUAUUGAAAAUUGUGCGUGCGCAUUUUUUCAUUAACUGUUGCCAUUUGUUGCACUCACACUCGUACACGUUGUUAUUUAUUCAUACGUAUGAAGCGUUGCCAAAUCGAAUUUUUCGUUUCAUUUCGAAAAAUUUCCAAAAUAAUUCCGACUUUUGAUAGUUACGAAGAAAAUAAUUUCUCUUGCGAAGCCGGGCCAAGCGCGUCACCACUUUUUCUCCACGACGUUGUCGUGGAAAAGUGUAACCAACGCGCUCGGCCGGAGAAUUAAUUUUCAUUUUCAUUCAAUGCCAGUUCUAAUGUGCCAUAAUAUUGGAUGGAUGCAUUCACGAAGUAUUUUUAAUAAAUGGAGGAUUUGUUUGAUUUUCCUAAUGAUUUUUUUCAAUUUUUUAAAAUUUAAUGUUCUGACAAAUUUCUUAUAAAAAGUUUUUUUUGUGGUGGCACGCAAUGCCUCCGAAGUAAAUUCCAAAAAUAUCAAAAAUUGGUCAUAAAAAUGUAUAGAAAUAAAAUAUGGGAUGGGGGAAGGGGAAUUGAAAUUCUACAAAAAUAAGCUUUCAAGCAAUUUUGUAAAAAACAGGGCUUGUUAAUUAUAAAAAGAGGACUUUGUAGGUUGGAAAGAGAUAAAUUAUUGAUUUUUGGAUGUUUCGGCAAACAAAUACAAGUCUCUUAGCAAUUUUUACAAAAAUUACGAAUUGCGACCAUUUGACUACUUUAUAAAAAUAACUACUUCCUGAGAAUUUUGACGGAAGCUAGAACAUUUCAAAUUUUCAUCAAUUAGCCAAAAAUUGACACUCUCUGACAAUUUUGUCAAAAAACGAGAAUCUUUUGACAAUUUUGACGAAAACAGGAUUUUUUUAGCCAACCUUGACAAGAACAGAAAUGUUUGACAAUUUUGGCAAAAAUUGACCCUUUUUGAGAAUUUUACCAAGAUGAUCAUUUUUUGACAAUUUUGACUGAAAUGGAUACUUUUUGAUUAUUUUAGCCAAAAAUGGCGAAAAUCGACGCUUUUUAACAACUUUUUCAAAAAAAUGACACUUCAACUUGGUUAAAUUUGGCAACAAAACUAUAGAACCUUGUUGGCCCGACUAGUUUUUUAUACAUGUUAUUGAAAAAAUUGAUAAACAAGACAAACAAACCAGCUCACUUAAUGCAUUUCCAGUGCUCAAAAAUUUUGGUCAAACAGUCUGUACUAGAUACCUAAUCUACCCAUACCAUCAUUGGCCGGAUCCGGCCUUCCGGUCAAAAAACAGGAUUUUUUUCAUAUUUUUGGAGAAUUUGAAAAAUGGCAUUUUCUCCCAACCACAUCAACUUGAGCAGCUGAAAUUUUGGGCAAAGGGUCUAUGCUUGAUACUUAAUUGACUAAUACUACUGUCAGCAGGAUGUGGAAUUAUCAUCAGAAAACAAAUUUUUUCACAUAACAUGAGAAAAAGCAAUAAAAAUUUUUGUUUUCUGAACGGACGGUCGGAUCCGGCCAAUGAUCGUAUCGAUUGAUUUGGUAUCUAGCACAGACCUUCCAACCAAGAUUUGAGCUCCUAAAGUGCAUUACAAGAACUGAUUAUACAGAUUUUUCAAAUUUUCCAAAAACAUUAUAAACCACCAAAUGGACAGAAAAUUCGAUUUCUGACGAUAAUUUCAGAUCUGGCCGACGAUAGUAUUAGUCGAUUAGGUAUCAAGCAUAGACUCUUUGGCCAAAAUUACAGCUGCUCAAGUUGAUGUGGUGGGGAGGAAAUGCCAUGUUUCAAAAUUCUCCAAAAAUAUGAAAAAAAGUAAAAAAUCAUGGUUUCUGACUGGAAGGCCGGAUCCGGCCAAUGAUGGUAUGGGUCGAUUAGGUAUCUAGUACAGACUGUUUGACCAAAAUUUGAGCACUGGAAAUGGAUUAAGUGAGCUGGUUUGACUGGUUUUUCAAUUUUUUCAAUAAUGUGUAUAAAAAACUGGUUGGGCUAAAAAUAUGAUUUCUGCUGAUAAUUCCAGAUCCGACCGACGGUAGCAUUAGUCGAUUAGGUAUCAAGCAUAGACCUUUCAACCAAAAUUUCAGCUGCUCAAGUUCAUGAAAAUAAGAAAAAAACAGUAAAAAAUCCUGUAUACUGACCGGAAGGCUGAAUCCGGCCAAUAAAUUUGAGCUCGGGAACUUGAUACGCGGGAGAGAUACCUAUUUGUAAUUUUUCCCCGUUUUUUGAGUUCAACACACGAAACUUCAAACACUCGCUAAGAAUCGAAAAAUCAACUUGAGCAGCUGGAAAUUGGGGGAUGGGUGUUUUUUGAGGUCCUCUUUCCAAAAGUCCAAGUUUCAAUCAAAUCGGAGAUUAUCAUGUGGGGGGCUUCCCUUGUCAGGUAAGAUAGUCUUCCAAAAAUGAUCAAAAAAAUAUUUUCGUUGGAAUAUUUGAAUUCCCCGCAAACUUUUUUAAUAAUCCCACAAAUUCAAACCCAAUUUCAGGCCCAAUUCUUCGAAAAUGCUCAAAAAAAACAGUUUUGUCGUUAUCAAAGUUGAACAAGAAUAGCAAAAAAAAAUUGUUGAAAAUUCUUCAACCAUAAGUAAAAGCUCUAAUAACACUGUGUACUUUCAAAAAAAUAAGGAAAUUCUAUCACAAAUCCCAAAAAUAUGUGAAGAGUGUUAAAAACGUGUCAAAAUAACACAAAAAGCCUCAAAAACAAUAAAAUUGCUGUAGAUCAUUGAAGAAACGAUAACAUUUCUGUCAAGUACAUACAAAGAUGAAAUCUUCAAAAAUUCUUUAAAACAUCGUUAAAAUUACCUAACAACAUGAAAAUCACAAAAAAAAUUCUGAAUAUUCAACGACAUUCACCUAAAAUUCAUGAAGAAGUGUUGAAGAUGUGUGUAGAAACACUCAAAAAAGCAUUAAAAUUACCCAGUCAUCAAUCAGUGAGAAAUGAAAAUUAUCAAAAUUGGAUGAAAUUUCAGUAAAAUUUCAAAAAGUACAAACAAAAUCAAAUAAAACUUCGCCUAUUGAGAAGACGUUCAACUGUAACUGAAAAUCAAACCUGUAUUGAAUUGUGUUUUUUUGCCCAUUAUUGUCAUCUUGGUUUAGUGAGAUCAAAUUUUGAACUUUGAGAAAUGAAGUACACUAACGAGAUGUUGACAUUUUGGGAAAAUUCACAAGGUAGCAAAUUUUUGAAAUGAAAUAAUGAGAGGUAUAAUUUUGAGAUUUUUAAUUUGUUCAAAGUUGGAAAAUGUUUUCACUUACUUUGAAUCUGAAUAAAUGAAAGUCGAUAAGCACCUCACAUAUAAACUUGAGUGAAUAAAAUGUAAGCAAGCAAGUAGUAGGUAAGGUACAUGGUUUAUUGGUUGUUGAAACGGCGUGAAAUUUAUUUUGGAAUACUUUGAUGAAAACUAUUAAUAAUUAUAUCAAGAAUAAAUGCAAUUUGUUUUUACUUCGAAGUGAUAAUUGAUAACUUUACGAAAUUGUUUUUGAUUUUGAGUUAAAAUAAAUGUGGCCAGAAGGGUUUAUGACGAAAAGAACGAAAAAUACCAUUCUCAAAAUGCAAAAAUUGCAAAAACUACACAAACGCUCUCUUUAUUGAAAAUGCUUCAACUAAAAUAUGUAAACAAACGAAAUUUGUUUACUUUCAUGGCGACUUUUCGAUAACUUCAAUCCAUUCAAAUAAUGUUCGUAUUUUCCAUUUUUCACGCUCAAAAAUGAUCAAAUACUGUUCAUUUUUGGAUAUGUUGUUUAGAAAGGUUAUAUCUCGGCGAGUACAGGCUCGGUUUUUUGAAAUAUCGUCUCAUAAAUGAAUAAUGCUCGCAUGAAAAUGACCCUAAAUUACAUCCAUUCGUCCGUUUUUGUGUAAUUUGGAAAAUAGAAUUCGUCAUAUUUUACCUACUCAUUUACCUACUAAACUACACCCUUAAGUGUUAUCGACGCCUUGUUUGUAAUCUACGUUCGAUGUAUAUUUUGUGUAUUUACGUGAUUUUUUUUUUCUUAUUUUUAUCGAUUAUUUUUUUAUUUCGACUUUUACGUCUUGCUGACAUAUUUUACGUAACUUUUUUUCUUUUUUUUUGUAAUUCAGCGAUCUCUCUUCGUUUCGUUAAAGCUAAUUUUAUUCUUUUAACGCCGAUCGUUAUUAUUGAUCGAAUCUUGAUGAGGAUUUUAACGAAAAGUAAAAAAAUCAACGGUCCCCUAUCUAUUUUAUUUUAUUUUUAUAAAUUUUCAAUUUCGCUCAUUACCUAUUUAAAUUUGUAUGAUAAUUACUCGAAUGAUCUUUAUAUGCGUAUUUAUGUUUAAAAAUUUAUUGGUGUUUGUCCUCGUCGUUGUCGUCGUUAUGUAUCUUUGUUUACACGCUAUUAGGUUCGGUUUCCCUAAUUUUUUUCUCCUAUAUGUUUUGAGUUAGAAAGUAAAAUGGCUGUGAGUAUAAAGAUGAGUUAUUUAAGUAAUUACUACUCCUGUGUUGUGUGUCGUCGUUCGUUUCGUUGAAUUUCGAAUGUAAUUAUUUUUAUUUUAGCGUAUAUAUAUUUUUUUUCUUUUUCAUUUCCCCUCCUCUUUUGUCUCUCUUCUUUUUAUGUUAUAAGUCGAUUAAUUAUGUUAAAAAUUGGAAACUAUAAAGCGGCGUAGAUCAGUAUCUGUAAUAAUAUUACCUUUUUUUCUUUUUGUUUUUCCCAAUUUUAGUAUGUAUUAAGGCACAGGGGAAUAAAUGUAGUUUUAUUCGAAUAUUGAGCAAUGAUUUAAUACCUAUCUAAAUGAAAUGUAUUUUGAUCCGUGUAGUAAAAUUUGUUUAUUCGAUGAGAAUUUUUGAAACGAUGCUCUAGAGUUUUGAAAUUUUCUUCGUACAAAUUCAUCGAUUUUUUGGAGUAGGAAUAGAAUGUUCUGUGGUGAAUAGGAAUUCGUUGGAAAAGUUUUCCGUUGUUUUUUGACUCCCAUCGCGAAGGUGCGAUGGUGUUAUGAAAGUGGGAAAGGGAGAAUUCUAAAGGUUUUCUUUGGAAAAAAUUGAUGGAGAUAUGUAAUAGGGUUCAAAUUUUCUAGUGAACCGCAAAAUAUCGCCUGUAGAUUUUAUUUCGAAUACAGGCUAUUUUUACAGAACUUUUUUUGGCUAUUUUCUAUUUUUUUUUCACCAUAAAUUCAAUUGAAAUGCUGAAAAAAUUCAUGUUGAAAGUUCGGAAUUUUUGAAAUUUUUUUGUAAAGUUUAGUUGGUGACUGCUCUAAUUUUGGAUAUGAGCCAUUUUGACUGAAACCUAUUUUUAUUUAUCAUGAAAAAUUACCUAUGCCUUGUUUUGUACUCAAGAAAUUUACAUUCUCGAGCGUUUUGAAAUAGAAAUUUCUUCACUUUCUGAUCCAGAAAUUUCAAAAAAAUCGAAUACCCGGUAUUCGCAUGAUUUUGCUCAAAUUGAGAGUGACCACUUUUUUUAGUGUUUCAAUUGGAUGAAAUUUACAGUUCGGAAAAAUUUGAAAAAAUGACUGAAAAAUUCGUGAAAUUUAGAAAAGCAUUAGAAAAUUUUACUGAUUUCAUUGUGUUUCGAUUCCUGUUCCGAAUUUCGCAGGAUUUCAAUGAUUUAAAAUGAGGCAGUACGGCAGUAGCUUUUCCUCGAAGUUUAUUCACCGGUUACAAUAUGAAUUCUUAUCAUGCCUCGAAUGUAAUAAUUUAUCUUGAAUUAAUAUCAGCUGAAUUAAAUUCCAGUUUUGGUAAAAAAAAAAGAAAGAACUAGAAAAUCUGAUAAAGGUAGAGUUUGUGAGAAAAGGACUGUGGGUGUAUUUUUCAAUCAGUUUGAAAAAUUAUUAUUUUUUUAGCCUUUCAAAUUGAUUUUUAAAAUUUGAACUUUUUAAAAAAAAUUCAGCACAUUUGUUCAUUAAAAAGUGAUGUGCAAGGCUUCGAAAACUGAAUUACUUUCGUAAUUGCGUCAAUCUGAACGAACCCUUUGAUUAUAGAUAUUGAUAUUUGAUACAACUUUGAAAAUUCAUUCUUUGUGAAAACCUCACCUCGUUAUUUUUCAUGUCAUCCUUUUUUGUAUACUUCUGUGGUUUUUUAAAUUACACCAUCCAAAAAAGUGCUUGUCAAAAUAUGUAUUAUAAUUUCACACGAUUGGUUAUUCUGCAAUUCCUUCGGUACAAUUGAACCAAUUUUCUGGUGUUUCAUUUUUUUUUCUAAUUUAAAAACAAUUUCAGAACUUUGAUUUUUUUUUCGAUUUUUUUAAACAAAAUUUUAUCACUUUUUUGAGUUUUGAUUCUAAUUUUUUUUAUGAUUAUUUCUUCAAUCUUUCCACGUUUAAACCAAAGUGUUAACAUUUAGCUAUUUGAAUAUUUGUUUGCACUUUUUUUAGUGAUAGUUUUCAUUCUGAAGAACUCUAUCUCUUGAAGUGGAGGAGAAUAUGGAAAGCUUAUACCUCUGCAACUAGAUUUUCAAAGAAAUGCGACAAAAUUUUAAAAUUCAAAGGGGAAAUUUUCUAGAUUUUAAAAUUGUUGAAAAUAAAACUUCCACAACCAAAAUAUCAGCUGGCCAAAUUGGUUUUUCGAUUUUUUGACAAAUUUUUAAAAAUCCAAAAUUGCUCAUUAUUGGGGAUUUUUGGUUUUCCCAUUUUUUAUAUCGAAAAAAAAAAUACCUAUUCAUUUUAUAUGUAAAAGUGAAAGUGAUGGAAAUCAGUCCUGAAUCCAAUAUUUACGUCACUAUUUCUGGCCACUCAAGUUGAGUUUCUAUGUGUUAAUCGUAUUAAUCAAACAAAAUUAAUAUUAUAAGUAAUAAGAAAAUAAAAAAUGAACUUAUAUUUUUAUUCCUUAUAAAAAUGCUGGUAAAAACGCUCUCGACAGAGCUGUGGGACCGAAACAAUUUCAGGAUUGAAUUCGUUUCGAGAUUCAUUCUUCAAAUUUUUAUUUCGUUUUCAGAAUUCGUUUUGGGAUUGAAAAAUUUGUUUUGGUUUCGGGGUGAAAUCGGUUUCGGUUUUGGGAUUUUCAUUUCAACCAAUUUUGAGCCCAAAUUCAUUAAUGGACCUUGCAGGGGUCUAAAAAAUGGGAGGUUUUGGCGUGAAAAAUCCAAUGGAGUGAUUACUUUAACGUUUUAAGUGCAUAUUUUGCUGAAUUAGUCGAGUAAUUUUUAUUGUAAUCUGAAUAAUUUACAAUAAAUGAUGUAAAAUGACCAUUUUUCUAAAUUAAAUCGUGGAAAAAAGGCAGAAAUUGAAAUCCCGAAACCGAAAUGAUUUUGUUUCGGGUUCAAAAUUAUAUCAGUUUAGGGAUUUAUCGGUUUUGGGAUCAAGAAAAAUAACGAUUUUGGUUUCGGGAUCGGAUUUGAAUCGGGAUUUAAUCAGUUUCGAUUUUGGGAUCGUUUCGGUCCCACAGCUCUGGCUCUCGGCCGAGUUGUCUUUCUGGAAAUUGGCUCAAAUAUGGAUAAAGUUCUUUAACAGGUUGAAAAUAAGCCACAACUCUUAUUUUUAACUGUCUAAAUGAAUUUCCACACCUUCUCAUUAAAUCCAAAAUCGCAUUGGAUGCUCCAAAAUGGCUCGAAAUUGUGAAAUUUGGAUCAGAAAGGUUGAUGUAACUGAUGUAAAAUCCAGAACUAAUUUUCAUCAAUUUCACUAAAUAACUAAAUCAGUACACUCAAGACUGAAAAUUAAAUUUAAAAAAUGAAUCAAAAAAAUUCCCAAAAAUCUAAAAAUCCUUUCGAGCUGCUGGCAUUUUGGUUGAGAGGAUUUCAGACAACUUCGUUCAAAUGAGGGGCUGAUUUCUCGUGAUGGUCCUCGGUGAACUGAUCCUUUUUUUUUUACAAACAAAUUACUAAAAAUUGACGAUUUCGAAUGAUGCAUUUUUUUAUUUUAAAAAGUGAGAAAAUAAAAUAUUUGUUUGAAUUUGAGAAAAAUUUGCAACUUGAAACGUUUCAAAAAACUUGGAUUUUUUUUAUUUUUUUUGAAAUUUAAUCGCUGAUUGACCUUUUAGUUUUUGAAUUUUGUCAUCAUUUCAUAAAAAGUUGAAAAUUUGAAAAUGUUAAGAAAGUAUCGUACUUGGCUCAAAAGACCUGCAUUUUUCAUUGAAAUUUUGUUGAUUUUUUUUCCUGAUUUGGUGAAAAAAAAAGAUUUGAUGCCAGGCAGCCUUAUGAAAAAGUUCAAUUUUAAGUACAUAAUUAGAAUUUUAAGGGAGGAGUAUCGUCCCAACUCGAGGAAUUUUUUGAGAAAGGAAGAAUUGAAAUGUGAAAAAAGCUCUAAAAUUAUACCUGGCCAAAUUCCUGAACCUUUUGAACGAGUUUAAUUUCAGUUUGCAAACUUCAACUAAACUUGGUGAACUAGUUUACAAUUUUUGAUGAACUUAAACUUCAUUAUUAUGAUCAACUCAUUCACUUUCAAGUUAAAUGUUUACAAUUUUGUAUUGCACGUAUUUUUCAGCGAAGAACUUGUCUUAUUCAGUGCUUGAAAAUCGUUAACCCAACCUAAAAUUCAAAAGAAACUUGAAAUAAACUCGUUCAUGAACUGAACUCUUAAGUUGAUACCAAAAAAUUGGGUCGAACGUGCAUUUUUGGAUUUGAUUUGCACUGAACUGACUUGGUGCUCGUGAAGAAGGUUCGUUUAAAACAAAAAUGUAAUUUUACCAACAUUUUGCUCAAGGCCCAAAGGACUCUGCAUAACAGAACCAUUUCGUUGUCUUUGUCGAUAGAAGUAUUAAUUUUUGUUCAGAUGAUAUCUAACUGUGGAAUAAAAAUACUUCCGAGAUUAUUUUUGUUUAAAAUUGGUUGAAAUCGUAUCAGAAAUUUUUCUACAGCAUCGUUUCAAGUUCUACGUACAAUAAUUGAAACAUCUCUAUAACUUUUUUCUCAUUUUUCAAUUACAAAAUUCGAGUAUUACCUACUACAUAUAGUUAGAAAAUGCCUAACAACAUUCGGUUGCAAUUCUUCCGUAUGAAUUAAACCUUGUACCUAUUUCUUUGCACAAAAGUAUAAUAAUAAGAUGGGUUUUAAUCGUGUUCUAUAGGUACAAUAACUUUGUUCACAUACAUUACCUACUUGUUAGUUCUUACCUUUUCUAAGCUCUUCAAACUUUUCAUCUUUUAAUAUUUUGCCAGCCUUCGUUGUCCUACUUUAUCUCGAGACUAUUACGAAUAUUCGAGCAUCCGUAUAAAUGAAAAAUAUUCAACUAUACCUAUACGUAUGGUUGAAUGUCGUGUUGUGAAAGCAUGUUAAAAGUUACGUUGUACUUAUAAUUUUACUUUAAAUAUUUUUUAUCUCGUAUUUGUGCGUCGCAACGUUGUGAUAUUGGAGCUUUUUUUAUCGAUGUAUGAAAUAUUUUAAAUGUCUGUGAAUUUGAAAUCUUUUAUGCUUUGUUGACGAUGUUCUAAGUUUCGUUUCUUAUAAUAUAUACAUGCUGUAACUUAUAUAUAUUAUAUACCUUCUUCUCCCCGUCUUAUUUUUCUCUUUCUCUCUAUCAUAUAUGUAUAACUUUCUUUUUCGUUAUAUUCGUACAGUUUAGAAGUAAAAAAAAAAAGAAAAAAAAAUCAUCGACGACAUUUAUAGGUAUCGAGUUAAUAACACGAAAAUAUUCGACGAAUAUAUUUUGACGACGUGGGAAAAAAACACAUUCUCGUAUAUCGUUGAUGAAAAAAGAAAAAUACGUGGACGAUGGGUUUCGUUUUGAAAAUUCGAAAAUACCUACAUCGAUAUAUGUAGGUAUUUUCUCGACCAUCUUCGUCUAUUCAAAUGGGUAUUUUUAUUCGAAACUCGAGGUGGGAUUGGUGUCAAAAGAAAAACCUUUCGUCACCUACGAGGAUUUCGACCAGUCUUAUAGUUGUUUUUCAAUGUUCAUUCGGUUCUAUUCUUAUCGAAAAUAUAGAAAAAAAAAUUCGCUACGAUGACAAUUAUGAAAAUAGCCAUUUUUUUUCGCCAUUACCUCGAGCUAGAUGUUUAUUAAAAAUCGAGAAAAAAAAUCUCGUUCGUUUGUUUUUGGAUAAAAGAACGAAAUUAGAUGUUGAUCUCAGCUUUUUUGGCUGUGUCAAUUCACCUACGUGUGUUUUUUCCGAAACAAAUUAUUUUUGUACUCGUAUUUUCGAAAAAAAAAAAAAAAAAUGAGAAAGGAAAGGUUAUAUAAGAUAUGAAAUAUUAUAGCUAUAUAUAUUUGUCGUCGUCUUACCUACGUUAUAACUUUCUAUGUAAAUAAAGAAAGAAUUUAAUUUCAGUAGUAUAAAAAAUUUGCUAUUUCAAAGUUUAAUUAGUUACUCGUUCGGGUUAAUUACCAGGGUAAUUUUAUUUCACUUUGCUGAUUGAAAAUAUUAAAGUUUUAAUUGAAGCUUGGACAAAUUUUAUAUUAAAAAUUUCAAAAAAACACACUGAUUAUUAGAACGAGACAGUAUAAAGUGUUGGAUGGUUUGAAUAAUAUAGCACAUUUUAUUUUAUUUUAAUUGUAUUGUUUUUUGUGUUAAAAUUAUAUUGUUGUAAUGUAAAUUUAUUCGUCGUGUUGGAUUCACAAGGUAUUAAAAAAAAAAAAAUUCGAAUGUACGAAAGUAUUAAAAAAAAGGUAUUUAAAGUAUCGAGCUUGAUGAAAUUUUGGUUUUAUUAUGUGAGACUGACAUGACGUUUUUCAUUCUUCUUUUGUUUCGAAAAUUUAGCUCCCUGAUUUUAACUUGAAAAACAAAAUGACUCUACGCUGUUUGUUGAUUUUUUUCUAAUUUAUUAUUGUGAUAUAUAUUUUAUUUUACGUAAGUAUAUUAGCGAGUUAUAAUAUUUAUUAUUAUCACGUUUAUAAUCGAAUACGAUGAGGUCAUGAGGAUCGAUUGUUUGUGAACCAGUUCGAUGAUUCAAAAUGGUGGUACAAAAUGGUUCCGCAUAAAAUGCGAAUUAUCAAAUUUGACUAGUCAAGAUGUUGUUGUUACCAGUAACAAGAAUUCUUAUUUUACACAGCAUGUUCAUCGUGGUAUGGUUCACGAACAAGUCUGCUCACUUUAUUCUUAUUAAUUAUAAUAUGUUGAAUGUUUCGGUGUAAUAUCUAUAUUUCGUAUUAUUUUUAUUUUUCUCUCCUAAUUUACCUGGUCGCUUUUCGUUCGCCGAUUUUAUUUCGAUUUUUUCCCUUUUUUUUCAUUUUGAAUUUUAUUAUUGAAAGACAUAUUAAUAUUUUUAUCUAUUUAUAAAUCUUUAUCUUUAAUGUGUUUUUUUUUUUUUUCAUUGUUCAAAAAUUCUUUAUUUACGAUAUGUUCAAACUUGUACUAUAUGUAAAUUACGUCAAAUUUGAUUAAUUUAAAUAAUUUAAUUGAAAAUAUAUUGUUAUUCAAUUUGCGA